AGCCAGACACUAGGAGCUGUAUGCCGUUAUCUGAUGCAUUGAUUUUUUGUCGAACAUAGAUAGCAUCACGCGUUUUCGCCAGUAUAAAUUCGGUGUUCAUCAUUUGCGUUCUAUAGUUAAGUGUCAACUGUAACGAUUCGGAUUACCACCAUCAUGGAAGUCAAGACUUUUGUUCAAUUUGCAAUUUUACUCUCAUCGGUACUAUUCACAUUUGAAGCAUCAUGUGAGGAUUAUUUCCCUAAGGCAAAAGAUAUUCGAUGGGUGUCCGUUAACUUCAAGACAUUUCUAACAUGGAGCCCUAAACCUAUCAAUUACACAUAUACAGUGGAAUACUCAGUGGUUGGCCAAGACAGACAGAGAAACCCCUACUGUAUCCGGACCUCCGCUACAGAGUGUGACCUUACCAAUGAGCUGCGAAACCUGAAUAAGACAUACACAGUCGACAUCCUAUCAGAACCACUACCUGGUGUGACCUCUGAUCUUGUGGAGUUCCCCUUCAGCCAGGCGGAGAGGUUCUGCCCCUACAAAGACACUGAAAUUGGAGGACCUGAUUUUAAGAUAGUACAGAAAGAAAACAAAACUAAGAUCAUGCUCCAAAUUCAAGACCCUCUCACUCCCCUCUACAAAGAUGGCCUACAGUUAACAAUCAGAGACAUCUUCAAAAAUAAACUGGAGUACAAAAUUAUAUACAGCAAAGCCGGGAGCACAGGAAGGAAAGAGAAGAUAUCAAACCUUAUGGAUGUAGAGCUGACUGGUCUGGAUGAAGGAGAGAGCUACUGCCUCAUGGUUGCAGCCUAUAUCCCAUCUCGCUCAAAGAGACUUGGACAGUGGAGCAAGCCGCAAUGCUCACCCAGAGAGAGGAAGACCCUCUUUGAUGAAUUCACUGUUGGUGCGAUUGCAGGUGCCAGUGGGCUAAUGCUGGCUAUUCUCAUCAUCUUCGUCACUCUAACUGUUGUGUGUUACAAACGCUGCUGCCGCAAAAAGGACAUCAUAUUAGAAAAGAACAACCCUCAUUUGAGUCCAGUGUAUGUGUGAUAAUUCAUGGUACUUUAUUUGGAGCUGGACUCAAUAACUUUACACAAAUGUGUCUUACACUGGAAACUGUGAGGAAAAACCUGUUAAUGUGGCCUUGUUAAAACUCAUUAUUAGCUGGUUCUUUCGAUGGGUAUAUCCUUUUUUACAUUUGUUUUGUACUAAUGUUGAACUGGUAAUUUAGAGGAACUGUUGAACAGAUGAAGUACCUAUAUUUGUUUAGCCACAAUGAAACAAAUUAAUGUAAUUACUAAGCCAUUUUUAUUUAUUUCAUUUAUUUUCAGAAAGUUAAAUAUCUAUUGUAUGUCUUCAAGAUGUAUUUUCUCAUUUCUGGAUGAUAUG